GUUUCCGGACGAGGUAAAAUAAUGUUGCACCGGGUGUAACCAACAAGCUAACGUUAGGCUAGUUAGGGGUAGCUAGCUAGCUUUAGAUUCCCACCCGCGUACGCAGCUGUGGAAUGAACACUAUCAUUGAGGGAAUACUAAUGCAACUCGCCGGUGCCACUCUAUUUUAAAUCCACCACGCUGCGUUUGCCGUCCUCUUCCGUUUAAUUGUUUCCAUCGUUUGCUCUUCUGUGCUGGUCAAGUUAGCUAGUUAGCCUCUUCAGCUAGCUGGGUACAGUAACGUAUGGGUGUCAAAGUUAGCUGUGACUUCACCGGGUGUCUGGUUGCCUGAUCUCACAUUUCGGACACGUCAAGGUAAACAGUUAUCCGCCCGUGAGCUCGAAAGGCGAGCUAGUGAGCUAACGGGCGUUCAGCGGCGUAUCUUACUUUCGCCAUGUAGUGAAUUCUGCACGUCAGCUGGUUAACUUCGAGAAAAACGCGACACGUUGCUGUUUCUUUAAGUUACUUUGUGAGCUCUUAAUUGCCGUGGCUCCCACUGGCCUAACUGGAGCUAACGUCGGUUAGCCUCCCUACGGUGUCACCCUCCUUCACUGUGUUUGGAGUUUUAUCAAAUGUUCCUCAAAUCUGUCUCUUGAUUUCGGGGGCUGUGAUGUCGGAGUCCAAGACCCCCACUCCCACUCCGGCUGGUGACACAUACAAAGGAUGGGUGUUCAAGUGGACUAAUUACAUCAAGGGUUAUCAGCGGAGGUGGUUUGUCCUGAGCAAUGGGCUUCUGUCUUACUACAGGACCCAAGCAGAGAUGGGCCACACGUGUCGUGGCACGAUCAACCUGGCCACAGCAACUAUAUCCGUGGAUGACGCCUGCAACUUUGUCAUCUCCAACGGUGGAGCGCAGACCUACCACCUGAAGGCCAGCUGCGAAGUGGAGCGCCAGCGCUGGAUCACGGCCCUGGAACUGGCCAAAGCCAAGGCAGCGCGCAUGCAAGCCGAGUCGGAUGACUCGGGGGAUGAGUUUUCCCCCUCCUCCCCGCCGGCGGCACCCGGACAAGGUGGCGGGUCGCAGAAUUCCGAAAUACAGUCGGCUCUCAGGACACUAGGCAGCAAGGUGGAGGACCUCGGCACCUGCAACGAUCUCAUUUCAAAGCAUGGCUCUGCCCUCCAGAGGUCUUUAUCAGAACUGGACAGUUUGCGUAUGACUGGCGAGGCCGGAGAUAAGAUCCGUCAGGUGACCGAGAGGGCCACGCUGUUCCGCAUCACCUCCAAUGCCAUGAUCAACGCGUGCCGAGACUUUCUGGCGCUGGCCCAGGCUCACAGCAAGCGAUGGCAGAAAGCCCUUCAAGCGGAGCGGGACCAGCGGGUCAGACUGGAGGAGACCUUGGAGCAGCUGGCCAAGCAGCACAACCACCUGGAGAGGGCGUUCAGAGGGGCGGCUCAGGCCAACGCCACUGCAGACAAUAAAAGUCCUUCUGGGCCGGGGAAAGGGGAGGCCAGCGACGAGGAUGACGACAACGAGUUUUUUGACGCCAUGGAGGAAGCGCCCGAGUUCAUCACUGUUCCCGCAGAUCCUCAGUUCCACAAAAGGUCGAGCAGCAAUGUCAGCGGUUUCAACAGUGAAAUGUGUCCUGAUGACCAAUCGCUUAACGAGGAGCCUUUAGCAAUGAACCAGGAGUCCCCCUCGCAGGAGCUGGUACCACUGAAGAAGAGGCGGACAAAGAUUUCAGACAAACCCAACUACUCUCUCAACCUGUGGAGCAUCAUGAAGAACUGCAUCGGAAAAGAGCUGUCAAAAAUCCCGAUGCCUGUGAACUUCAACGAGCCCAUCUCCAUGCUACAGCGUCUGUCGGAGGACCUGGAGUACCACGAGCUGCUGGAUAAGGGCUCCAAGUGCCAGAGUUCGCUGGAGCAACUGUGCUACGUGGCCGCCUUCUCCGUGUCCUCCUACUCGACCACCGUCCACCGCACGGGCAAACCCUUCAACCCGCUGCUGGGGGAGACGUACGAGCUGGACCGCCGGAGAGAGAGCGGCUACCGCUCCCUCUGCGAGCAGGUGAGUCACCAUCCACCCGCAGCAGCACACCAUGUGAUUUCCGAUCGCGGCUGGACCCUGAGGCAGGAGAUCACCGUUGCCAGCAAGUUCAGGGGCAAAUACCUCUCCAUCAUGCCAUUGGGCACAAUACACGCAAUCUUUGAAAAGGGACACAAUCAUUACACAUGGAAGAAAGUUACCACCACAGUGCACAACAUCAUUGUAGGGAAACUGUGGAUUGAUCAGUCGGGUGACAUCGACGUGGUGAACCACACCACCGGGGACCGCUGCCACUUGAAGUUCGCUCCUUACAGCUACUUCUCCAGGGACGUUGCCAGGAAGGUGACCGGUGUGGUGAUGGACAAAGACGGCAAGGCCCACUACGUGCUGUCGGGCACGUGGGACGAGAAGAUGGAGUUCUCCCGGGUGAUGCAGAGCAGCCGAGGAGAGAACGGCGCCGAGGGCAAACAGAAGACGGUCUAUCAGACGCUCAAAGCCAGAGAGGUGUGGAGGAGGAACCCUCUACCCGAGGGAGCUGAGUCCAUGUACUACUUCACCUCCCUGGCGCUGACCCUGAACGAGUUGGAGGAGGGCGUGGCCCCCACCGACAGCCGGCGCCGGCCCGACCAGCGGCUGAUGGAGGACGGCCGCUGGGACGAGGCCAACUCGGAGAAGCAGCGGCUGGAGGAGAAGCAGCGCGGCGUCCGGCGGGAGAGGGAGCGGGAGGCCGCCAGCCAACGCACCUCCAGCCAAUCGGAAGAAGCUGUCGACGAGGAUUCUCUUACUGAUCCGUCCUUAAAAAGCGCACCCCACGACAGCCACAAGGCACUUUGGUUCGAGCGCAGCGAGGACCAGAUCACAGGUGAGCAAGUCCAUAUCUAUAAGGGAGGCUAUUGGGAAGCCAAGGACCGCGGAAGCUGGGAAGAUUGCCCGGAGAUUUUUUGACCUCGGCAUUGACUGUGAAGCCCCCCCCUCCCCCUCCCCCCCACACUGCCAAUUUGAAUAGUUGACUUUCUCCAGUUGAUCUCUGUUGUAAGAGAUCUUCAGGACGGUCACUGCUGUCUGAUGCCCUUUGGGAGUAGGGGUCCCCCCGCCCCCCCCCCCCACACACCCACACCCACCCGGAUCUGAUUUUGGUUCCUGUCACCUUGAGUGUCAGCACCUGCCCCCUUUGUUGCCGUCACACACCUGAGAGGACUGGAACAAAAUAAAUGUGCUGCUUUUGACUUGGGUCAGACUGACGGGGGGGGGGGGGAGGGGGGGGGGAGGAAAUGAAAUGUGCAGUGUCUUCCGAAUCAUUAUUUGAACUUUCUUUUAGUCUCUCAGAUCACAGGUUUAAGUGCUGAUAACAACCCUCUGAGAUAAUAUAGUGUUCCUGUGGAAGGUAGUGGGGGGGGGGGGGGGGGUGUGAGACCUGGUUAAUAUAUACACUUAUGUAUAGCUAUGAUUCAAAUAAUUUCAUUAAUAUGUCGACUGGUGGCCUUCAAGACGUUGUGAUUUUUCUGUCCUAAUGAAUCAAAGUGAAGGUUCCUUGUGUGCCUGGGUGAAUGACUGCAUAUCUGCUCUUCCAUCACUUUACCAGGUUAAAAAUAAGUGAUAGUCCGAAAUACGGAUUGAACCUCCAAACCCAUGGAUUGAUUUAUUUAUUGUUUUCCACCACAAAGGCCUAACUAGGAUGAUGAUGGUGAAAAGCUUGAUUUUCAGUGGGGCCCUUUAGAGGCAAACUGUUCUAUUUUGUGUUUGUAUCACACCUGAGUGGAUACAAUGUGGACAUUUUUAGAAGUUUCUUCUCAUUUCACAUUUUGAAGAAGCAGGGAAAGGACAUAGUUCCGGGUCUCAGAAAAUCUCACAUUUAGUGCAGUUUCAUUUCAUUUCAAUAAUUGGAAUUGGCCCCUUUUUGUGUUGAGAGACACGAAACUCAACAAAGAAGCGUUAAAGUGAAUCAGUAGUGAAAGUAAACGUUGGUUUGUGAGUACAUACAUAUGCAAGUACAUUUUGACACCAAAAACAUGGGACAUUGUGUGUGAGAGAGAGAAUUUCAUUAUUUUGUGUUCUAAGUGUACUUAAAAUGAAGAAUAAAACCGCAUAGAAAAUAACUAUGAUUUUAUAAAUGUAUAGAGAUUCACUUAGUAUUGAAAACUGUAAGGUAGUUUUUUUAAAUUGUAAUUUUGUUUCCAGUCAUGUUAUUGGAAAAGGACUGUCUUCAUUUUCAUAAAAAAAGGGAGUUUCUAUACUUGGAAGGUGAGAUUUGACAUUGUUCAGUAUUUUGUAUUAACACAGAAAAAGAUCAUGUAAUAGCCAAAAGCUUUAAUGUCAAACAAAUAGCUUUUCAUAUUUUUCUUUUAACUGAAUUUGCUCCAACAUUUUAAUAAGUUAGGAAAAAAUUUAACAACUUGCCAGAUCAAUUCUUUUGGGAGUUUUCUGUCAUGUUUAAGAGGAGCUCAAGAUGGGAUGACAAAUCCGUCAAUAAAAUAAUACAACCCAAUGA